CUUCGUCAACCAUGGCAACAGCAGAACCUUCCUCGCAACCGUCGGAAUCGACGCUUGGUCUGUCGUUGAAGAAGAGUCUGGCUGCAUCCACCGGCGCCAUGAUCACAUCCUUGUUCGUGACACCUCUCGACGUAGCCAAGGUCCGCUUGCAGUCCCAAUCGAACCCCAAGCAGCACCGACCGUCGCCAUCUCCGACGCUUUCCAUAGCUUGCCGCCGAUCCUGUGGAAAUGCUACUCGCAACAUGAUGUCAUCCCGGCCUCAUACUCUAUGUGUGGCGUGUGUACGCUCCCUCAGCAUGCAAUGUUCGAUUCCUUCGGCUUCUCGCCGCCAUCUCCACGGCACCACCGAUGCGCUGCGCUAUGUGUUCCGCACCGAAGGGCUCCGCGGUCUCUUUGCCGGACUUCCACCGACCCUCAUGCUGGCGAUUCCUUCCACAGUGCUCUACUACACAUCCUACGACCACCUUGUACACGAAGGCGCCCGUCUGUUUCCCGAAUUGGCGCCGUUGAUGCCCCUUCUCGCGGGCAGUUCUGCGCGCAUUGUCGCGGCGACCGUCGUCUCCCCGCUUGAGCUGGUGCGCACUCGCAUGCAAAACGGCGUGGAGAAGAACAUGGUGUCCAUUCUUCGCAAGGCGGUGCAAGACAAUGGCGUGCGCUCUCUCACGCGCGGGUUGCAGGCGACUUUGGCUCGCGACGUGCCGUUUUCGGCCAUCUACUGGACCUGUUACGAGCAGUUGAAGGCGCGAUUGAUGGAACGACCCGAGUUCGACCAGCGACCUGUGCAUCAAGCGUUCUGCGCCGGCGCUGCUGCGGGGAUGCUGGCGGCCACGGUCACCACGCCCUUCGACGUGGUCAAGACGUUGCAGCAAGUGGAUGUAAGCAUGCAGCUGUCGACGUCCCAAGUGCUGAGACGACUCGUGGCCACCCAAGGCGUGGCAGCACUCAUGACUGGUCUCACCCCACGAAUCGCCAAGAUCGUCCCGUCCUGUGCCAUCAUGAUCUCGACCUACGAAGUCGGCAAAAUGUACCUAGGCGUCGCGUAGUUCUUCAUCGUGGUUUAAUAUUUAGUAAGUGUCCUCGUUGUGGUUGCA